CGCAGUGGCUGACGCGGCUUGGGUUGUAUGAAGUGUUUAAAGAAAGUGGAAUAAAACCCCCUCACAGACUGAACAUGCCAGCGGGCGCUUCGAUAACGCUCGUCUUGAUGCCACAAAACUUUGAGACAGCCUUCUUCAGGGCCCAGUCUCAAGCAGCGUUACACCGGAGAACGCCAAAAGGCGAACAGAGCAAAGGCAAUCAGCUAGGGUUUUGAAAGUUCACAACGGGUGCACCGCCAAACGCCAUGGCCGAGCGAGGUGUUAAUGACGAGUUGGAAUUCUGGCUGCAGAAGGCGAAAGAGUGGGAGCAUUUGUGUACUCAGGAAACAGCUGGACAUGUAACGGAUGCACUUCUUGCCGACAUAUGCUCCCGUCUGCCAGCGCUGCAGGAAUUCCUCGCGAAACUUGGCGACAUCACCAGCCACGGGGGUGUGACAGGCGCUAUUCGACGCUUCCCUCUGAUUGGUCAGCUGCUGGGCCGCCUGUGCUGUAACGCCGCUGUUGUGUCCAACGGAGAAAGCAUCAGAGGGCUGUGGCGUUGCCUUGGAAACUUUUACACAGCCCAGCCAGGCACUGCCCUUGAGCGCAAGGCCAACGAGUGGCUUCAGAACAUGGUGUCUGCUCUGUUGGGACCACACUAUUCCAGAGGAACAGAAGAAAUUCAGUUCUUUGUGGACGUCCUUGGCUGCUCACCAGAUGUGUACAACCACCAGCAGAACCUUCAUAUGGUGAAUUCGUUAGUUAAGGAGUUGAGUGGCAGUCAGUGGAGGCCAGGGGCUUGCAGGGAUGCCACCUUGCACAGCCUCUCUCUUGCCUGCUGGCCAGCGCUCGACCUCCCUGCCAUGUUGCCAUUGGUGGAGGCAUUGCUUUGUUGCCACGGUGAGGGAACGGAAGAAGCCCUGGCGACCGGCUUCCUGCAAGCUGCAGGGGAUGCCCUGGCCAGCGGGCGGCUUCAGCUGUCGCGUGCCGCCAAGGAGAGCCUGUGGUUGCGCCACCUGCCAUCUCUGGAAGCCGCAGUGCUGACGUUGGUGGAGAGGGUGGCUGCUCUGCCCCCAGGUUCAGCGCCGGGCCGGCUACAGAGCCUUACAGAGGAGUCCCAUCUGCCUGCAGCGUGCGUUGACCACCCCGUCCUGUUUGGCGCAGUCCUCGGCAUACUCCGAGCACUGCUUGCGGAUGCCGCCGGCGCUUGGCCUGUGUCGGCCAUUACGCGCCGCUUCACCGCAUCUUUCCUGCGCGCCAGGCAGCAGGACGACGUGCAGCAGGUGCAGAUCCCUCUUCGCCUCUACUUUCCAGCGCUGCUUCGGCCGCUGUUGCCUCUGAUUCUGCAGCCCUGCGAAGAUUUACCUCUCAAAUCCUGGCACCCCCAUCUGCUCAGGAUCACGAGUGGAACGCUGAACAUUCUUAGGAACCUCACGGCCUCCCAAACGGCCGAGCGGCACGAGCUGUGGACGCUGUUGGUGCAGUGUGGCGACUGGGCCGACGUGGCGCUGCAGGAGACCCUCGCGGCCAGCCCUGGCGAAUUGGACACCCUCUUGAGCUUCCUCGGAUUCUACCACUGGCCCUGGCUCGCUGAGCAGCAGCGAUUGGACGCCCAGGCGUCUCUGAAGGGGACGUGCGUUUGUCUUCGGGACCUUCUUGAUGUGGACGGGCUGCAUCCCAGUGACGUCACGGCCAUCCUGUCGUCUGUUCACACCCGUGUGACAGACGUCGCCAAUCAACUCGCCGUAUAUUUUCUCAUCUUCGCGGAAAGUGGCCAAGGGAUUUCGGAAGAGGUUUUGAAGCAAAUGCGCUGCCCGUGCGAGCUGGCGGACACGCUGGCAGCUGCCGCAGCCUGGGUGGAGCGUGCCCGCACGCAACCGGGGGAGCCCGCCAGCGUCCGGGCCGCCACCGUGAGACGGGUCCUGAGCGGGUGGCGAGGCGACGAGGGUCUUGGUGCCCCCCGAUAGCCCUGGGGGGGCCCCUCCUCUCUCAAGCACAGUACGUCUGCUUGACUUCCCGUCACCGACUUGUGGAUUCUUGUGAUAAGCUCUUACGGUGGUGUAUCACUUGCGCCUCACAGCAAGAUCGACCUGAGUUUGAUUCCUGGCCCGGGAACCUUUUCGCGUGGAGUUUGUGUGUGGAGGUUUGUAUGAUCUUCCCCUGUUCAGCAUGUGUUUCCUCCAGGGUCCUAUAGUUUAUUUUUCUGUAGCUUAAAGCAUACAAUAAACACGGUGUUGGAAAAACAUCCCAACAUAGGACCCUCCUGAAAAAUUAGUCUUGGGGUAAAUAAGUCGUUAUAAUUUGUACAAUCUGCGUGCCAACGUCCGAUGUCCAUCUUCCAAAUUAUUUUGGUGCAGUGUAAUUUAAAAAAAUGUAAAUGCAUCCCCUACGUUUGAUCUUUGGUGGGUGGAAUGUUGUAAAUUGCAAAUUAAGUUGUCAUGUGUGAUACAUGUGUGAUACAUGUGUGAUACAUGUGUGCGCUCCUAUGGGGGGUGCGGGAUGGCACACUGCACUGCGAACCUGGCUGCCCGAGCCAACAUCGGAGACAAAUAUCCAGACCACUCCUGGGCCUCCCCUAGGUCGACUCGGCCUUGAACAUGUACUUUCUGCGGUGUGUAUCACACAUCAGCAGCUGGGGAAACAGGUGACUGGGCGUGGUACUGACCACCCAGAAAAGCCAAUUCGGUCCUCUCCCCCUUUAAACAAAUAUAUUUUGGCAGAAAGUCAACGACAGAUGUAAUGUGUAUCUUUGUAUACACUGUGCGAUGAAGUGCAAUUAUUGUUGAAUGGUUAACAGACAUUAUAUAUUUAUUUUCAAAAUGCAAAGAUGCCAAGUUUGUUUUUCCAAGCGAGUCGACCUUGUUUAAAGCAAUGCCAUGAAAGUUAAGAAUGUUGCAUGAAGUAAUACUGUAACAUGAGUGGAAUAAAAAAAACGACUGAUGUUAAUAGUUUCAUUGUAAUAAAAACUAUGAUGCCGCCUGUUUAGCGGAAAGAAACGCAGCGUUUGUGAAUGGGAACAUUAAUUAAAAUCCGUGGCUGAGUAGGGGCAGUCCUGGUAACCACAACGCGGCUUUCGAAGCAACGGAGCAACCUCUACAAAAUGGUUGUCGGGAAGCCGAUCGAGGAGGCGCGUUGCUGCCUCUUCUCACCGGACGUGAAAGGGGCCCGUCCAGGCA